AUGAGCACAAGUCCAAACAUGUAUGUGACAAUGAUCUACUAUGAUGGAAAGCAUUAUGAAGGCCCCAAUGGUGUUCAAUUUGAAGGAAAAACGAAAAUGUUGAAAAUCAAACGGGGCACUACAUACAAUGAGUUAAAGGAGAGAAUUCAGCAAAAAUUGGGUUUGCAAGGCAGCCAAUGCGUUCAACGGAUGAUUGCCAGGGUAGAGACAACAGUUGGUAAGGAUGCUAUUUACUACAUUGGUAACGAUAUAUGUGAUGAUGAAGAUGUCGAAUGUGUCAUAGAUGCAAUUGUUGACCGAAAAUUUCAAAAUUUUAUUGAGAUAUAUGUUGAAUUAGAUUGUGGUCAAUCUUCAUCUGCACCCAUGCAUACAAGAAGUGAACCGUAUUUUGGUCAUGAAGAAAGAGUAGUCGAUUUAUCUGCACCUGCACAUGUCAUAAGUCAGAUAACACUGCGGGAAAUAGAUGAGGAUGAACAGGAUGCCGAUAUGGACAGCGAUGAGGACGGUGAACCUGAGAGUGUUAUUCCACUAGGUGACACGUCAGAUACUGACGUAGAGGGUGAUUUCGACGCUGACACAAGCUCACCAUCCCCGGGUUCGCAGGUUACGAGACCACUUCGUGUUGACCCUGUUAGCAGUGGUUCUGAGGUCGAGCCAUUUUGGAAUGAAAGCUCACAUUAUACCUUCAUUAAUUGGGCCCACCCUAAUGAUGAGACGGAGAUAUUGUAUGGUGACGAUGAUGAUCACGGUGGCUGGCAAUUAGGGGAUCCUUUAUAUUUGUAUCAGGAGUUUCGUAGCAAAUCUGAAAUGCAACAUGCAGUCAAAUUAUAUUGUAUGAAGGCUCACCGUACUGCCGUUGUGGCAAAAAGUGAUGACCGUAGAUUUGUGAUGAAGUGUCGACACCAUAAUGAUGGAUGUCCCUGGUAUGUGAGGGCAUUGUUGCCGAAGAAUGGAAAUACUUGGGUGGUUAGUAAAUGGGUUAAAGAACACACCUGCCUAAACCAAGGUCUUACCCGGGAUCAUAGACAGUUGGAUUCUGAUGUGAUAUGUGCAACCAUUAUCAAUAUGUAUUAUUCGAUAUAUCUAACUUCCUAA